GCAGGGAGAGGGAGGGUAAGAUGCGGAGGUAGGAUCGCUUGGAUUCCUGUGAUCAGGGUCCCGGGGCGGGGCAGACCAAGGGCCGGCCCAGAGUAUUGGUCCUAGACCUAGAGAUACAUCAGGCUUUUCCCUCCUCCGUCAAUCUCCUAAAUCCCAAUGAGGUCACAGCAAGGAGAGAGAAUCAGAUCAAGAGAGAGGGGGAGGAAGAGGACGACGACGAGGGAGAAGAAACCCAGACGGACAGAGGCCAUCAGACAAGGUCGCUUUUUCUGGCGACACUGCAACUGAGAGGAGCGUGGUGCUGAAUAUCAUCCGCCUGCUCUGCCUGGGAAGCUAGAGACUCCGAGAAGCACUUUGCGUUGCCACGAAAACAAAGGAGAGGCGACGAGAGAGCCGGAGCAGGGGAGGGGGAAGCUCCCAGCAGUGCUCCCUUGGAUCCCUGAGAAGCAAAGCGCGUCUCCUCGGCAAGGAAAGGGAAGCGAGCCUGAAAGGGUGCGGGAGACUCAGGAGGGAGCGAGGUUUCCCUGCGGAGAUUCGGGACGCGGCAGGACUCUGGACAGCGCCUCGCGAGCAGGGCUAGGCGAUCCCGGGGCUCCUGCAGGUUUCCGGCUCCGUCCUCAAAGCGCUGCGAUUGGUGUGCGCUCUUCUCCUGGACUCCCACCGCCCACCCAGGAAGAUCCUACGAUCGCUGUCAGAACGAACCAGGGGGUGGAGCAGCUCUUUCGCCUCUGGCCGGGCCAGGGAAGAGAGUCUCCGAUUCUGGAAAUUCAGUCCUAUGGACAGUGCUUCGCUGGUGAAGAAAGAAAAGUUUGGGGAUCUGGUAGGGAGGUGGAAGGGGUAAGGGGGAUAGUCGCAGAAAGAAGGUGGAUGGUUAGUUUCUCUCUCUGAUCUGGAAGGAAUGAUGACCGAGGAAGGAUGUGCACCAGCGGCCAGAUCAUUGGGAGCCUCCUGGUGCUCUCUGUGCUGGAGAUAGGGCUGGGGGUGUCCAGCGUGGCCGUGGGGGCGGUCAGCUUCAGCCUGGCCCUCCGACAGCACAAGCCGCAGCUCGGAGACUCGUCCCCGGUAUGGAGCGGGGUGUGUUUUCUUCUUUGUGGCAUAUGUGGAAUAUUGUGCGCCAAAAAAAAAUCGGGACUUGUCAUGAUCCUCUUUUCAGCCUGCUGUAUCUGUGGACUCAUUGGGGGCAUCCUGAAUUUUCAAUUCCUUCGGGCGGUUACAAAGAAGACCUCUUCCCUGUACCCUCUGCAUCUUGCCUCCAUGUCUCUUGCGUGCAUUGGGAUUGGGGGCUGCACGCUCUCUUCCUGGCUUACUUGUCGCCUAGCCAGCUAUGAACAGAGGAGGAUGUUCUCAGAAAGGGAGCAUUCCCUGCAUCACUCUCAUGAAAUGGCUGAGAAAAGAUUGAGGGCUAUUGAAAUAACCGACUUGCCCAGCUGCCCGGUGGUGCCCCCGACACCAGAGUUACCUACAAGGAAAUUACGGACAACAUGAGCAAUGGAGGACCACAACUGAUAUUUAAUGGAAG